CUCGCCGCCGCCGUCGACGCCGCCGCCGAGGCCGCCGCGGCACGCAUCGCACGGCGGCUCUGCUUUGGCGACAGCUCUCCUCCCGCGAACCGGUCGGCAGGCGGCGGCGGCGCCGAGGGCGGAGCUGCGGCCUCGGAACGGCGGCGGCUGGGCGGCGGCGGCGGCCGGCGCGAGCUGCUCUCGCCGCCGGCCGGUGAGGCGGGUGAGGCGUGGGGGUUGGCGUACAGUCUCCCGCGCAUGCUCGCGGUGGUGUUGCCGGAGAUGAGUGCGGCGGCGGCGGCGCAGCGCGAGCUGCUCUGCGCGGCGGCGGCGGCAGGGCUCCUCCUCUUUGGCGUGGCGAUCUCGGUGCUGCUCUGUAUGCGCUGCUGCGCGCAGGUGGAGGAGGGGGCAUACGCGUUUGGCUGCUGCUGCGUCAAGGUGGAGGGCCACUUCGACGGCAAGGCGCUCGGCUGCUGCUGCGUCUCCUUCUUGCCUCCGCGCGUGCGCGGGUACGACUCGCGCAACGCUCGGCCGUACGACAAGUUCUUCCCGCAGGGCGAGGGCGGCGGCGGCGAGCUCGGCGAGGAGGAGGGAGGCAAGCUCGACGGCGUCGGACUGCUCGGCCGCGGGGUCGGAGGCGGCGGGCUCGGAGGCGGCUCAGCGCGCGGUUUGCCGCCGGGGAACGGGCUGGCCGUUGACUUGGCGUCGCGCGCUUUCGACUCCGUGGCGGCGUGGGUGAAGGGGUCGGUGGAUGCGAUCCGAGGAUCCGCCCGCCCAGCUGCAGGAGUGGACGAGGAGGUUGUUGCGCCGACCCGCACUACACAUCCUCCCUCCCUCGAGUACGUCGAGACGGUGCGCCGAAAGGUAAACGGCGACGGCGUCUCCCCGUGGCUGGCGCGCGCAAACGGUGUGCCGCAAAAGACGCUGGUGUGACGUGCGGGGGGAGAGGAGGCGGAGGGGGAAGAAGGGGCGGAUUGGGCGAAGGGGAAGCUCUCCGUCUCCCCGCGCUGCGCUCCGUGUGCAAUCAUCUGCCCAUGGGACUCGAUGCGCUUGGACGUGCAAACAGGUGCGCGUCCGAGAGGUGAGAUAUUUGCGUGUGACAAGCAGUGGGCCGGCGACCUGAGGCGCCGGCGCGAGGGAGAGUAAAAAAAGGCGAGACACUGUAUAACGUU